AGAAAGGAAAGGAAAGGAAAGGGAAGAAUAGAAACCUUGCUGACUUCCCGCAGCUAUAAUGGUUUUCCCACCUCACCGUUAGCAUUGCUGGACUCUUCCCAUAACUUGAAAUUUUUUGGUUACCUCUUUCUCUGCACAAAAGAUGUUAGAUGGUUAUGUGUUUGCUUUCCUUUUGGUGCUUUCGUGGUCUGUGGAGGUAAUAGAUGCGAGUGCAGGUGAUUCUGAUCCGCAUUAUAGGGGGUGUACAAGACAAUGUGAGGAAACUGGAUGUGUUGGGCAAAGAUGUUUUCCGAACUGUAAAUUUUCUUCGGAUGGAGAACUUAUUGAUCGUCCAUGGUACAUGCAAGAACCACUUUAUUUACAAUGGAAAAAAUGGGAUUGUCAAAGUGACUGCCGGUACUACUGCAUGCUUGAUAGAGAGAAAGAAAAAGAAUUACUUAACCUUGGCCCUGUCAAAUAUCAUGGUAAAUGGCCAUUCAGGCGUAUCUAUGGGAUGCAGGAGCCUGCUUCUGUGGCUUUCUCUGCUCUCAAUCUUGCAAUGCAUUUUCAUGGUUGGGUCUCCUUUUUCAUUCUUUUGUAUUAUAAAUUGCCUCUAAAAGAUGGGAAGAAGGCAUAUUAUGAGUAUGCUGGUUUGUGGCAUAUCUAUGGGCUCUUAUCGCUGAACUCCUGGUUUUGGAGUGCUGUUUUCCACAGUCGAGAUGUUGAUCUAACUGAGAAACUAGACUACUCAUCUGCAGUUGUUCUCCUUGGAUACUCCCUCAUUUUGGCCAUCUUACGGACCUUCGAUGUUAGGGAUGAGGCUACCAGAGUUAUGGUUUCGGCUCCAUUGAUUGCUUUUGUGAGCACCCACGUACUGUUCAUCAACUUCUAUAUGCUAGACUAUGGAUGGAAUAUGAUAGUUUGUGUAGUGAUGGCAGUGGCACAACUUGCCAUUUGGGCAGUUUGGGCUGGUGUUAGUCACCAUCCUUCACGUUGGAAACUCUGGCUAGUUGUUAUUGCUGGUGGCCUUGCAAUGCUCCUAGAAAUAUACGAUUUCCCUCCAUAUCAAGGACUAGUGGAUGCACAUGCUCUUUGGCAUGCCACCACUAUUCCUCUAACCUACAUUUGGUGGAGUUUCAUAAGGGAUGAUGCUGAGUUUCGAACCUCGAAUCUUGUUAAGAAGGCCACGUAGCUUCCUUUUCUACUUACCUGACACAUUUAAAUGGAUCAUACUUUCACCCACAACUAAGCCUGAAUAGAUUCUCUUUGAUGAUGUACUUGUAAGUGCUUAUUUCUCUUUCUGUUAUUAUGAGUUUUUGUGUUCAUAUUUGGGUGAAUGAUGAAUUUGACAUUUUUGACUGUUCUCUUCAAUAGGCCAAAAGAUCAUUUCAG